AUGAGCAAAAGGCGCUAUUCGAGAGACUCCAGCAUCGUCGCCAACGGCACGCCGGCAAAACGAACGAAAUUCACGUUAGACAAUAUUGCAAUUCCAGAUGUCGACGUCGAGGGCGUCGUUUUGGUGACGGGCGCCGGGGACGUGGGUCAAUUGGGCCUGGGCCCCGAUGUGCUCGAGAAAUCCCGACCGGCCCUCGUCAAAUUAAAUCACACCGUUAUAGACGUUUGCGCUGGCGGUAUGCACACCGUUUGCUUGACGAAAGAAGGAAAGGUGCUUACGUUCGGUUGUAACGACGAAGGAGCUUUGGGUAGACGAACCGAUGGUAUCGAAGACGCCGAAUUCCUUGCCGGAGAAGUCCAAUUACCCGGUAAAGCGAUCCAAAUCACCGCUGGAGAUUCCCAUUCGGCCGCUUUAUUAGACGACGGUCGAGUAUUCGCUUGGGGAACGUUCAGAGAUUCACACGGAAGCAUGGGAUUGACUCCAAAAGGCAUCGAAUCCGAUCCCUAUGAGAUAAUUAAGGAUGUAGUGGUGAGGAAAAUCGCUUCGGGGGCCGAUCACAUGGCUUUUCUGACGAAAACCGGCGACAUUUUCACCUGCGGUUGCCCCGAACAGGGUCAAUUGGGUCGUACGACGGAACGGUGCAGCAACAGGAACGCCAGAGGCUCCCCGUUAGUGAAAUUUCUACAUCCUCAAACGAUCAAAAUCAAGCCGAGUUUGAAGUUGCAUUUCGACAACGUUUGGGCCUCCAGUUACGGGACGUUUUGCAAAGUAGCCGAUACUAACAAGAUAUACGUUUGCGGAUUGAAUAAUUACAAUCAAAUAGGUUUGAAGCAAUUAACUCCGUAUUUCACUCCGACGUUAUCGAGCGAUUUCUCCAAAUACAAUUGGAGAUCGAUAACGAGCGGUCAACAUCAUACAGUGUGUUUGGAUUCCGGAGGACGAGUGUAUGUAAUCGGUAGAAAAGAAUAUGGACGAUUGGGGUUAGGGAAAGAUUGCGAGGAUGCCUUAGAAUUGCAAAAAUUGCUCGAUUUAGACGAUAAGAAAGUGGUAAACGUGGCAUGCGGUUCGGCCACUUCGUUCGCUGUAACCGAUGCAGGUGAAUUGUACGGUUGGGGUAUGGGUACGAAUGGACAAUUGGGUACCGGUUCGGAGGACGAUUGCGAAUUGCCUACUUUAAUAAAGAGCAAGGAAUUGUUGAAUAGAAAAGUUUUAAGGGUGAGCAGCGGUGGACAACAUACCGUUAUUUUAGCCGUUGGGAAUGAUACUAACAAUCGCGGUGAUUCUUAG